GAAUUUCCAAUCCUCUGCCAGACAUGCCUAGGCGACAACCCUUACAUUCGGAUGACGAAGGAGCGCUUCGGGAAGGAAUGCAAGAUCUGCAACCGCCCCUUCACUGUGUUCCGCUGGUGCCCCGGGGCCAAGAUGCGCUUCAAGAAGACCGAGGUCUGCCAGACGUGCUGCAAGAUGAAGAACAUCUGCCAGACGUGCCUCCUGGAUCUGGAGUACGGGCUCCCCGUCCAGGUCAGGGACGCGGCCCUCAACGUCAAGGACGACAUGCCCCGCUCGGAAGUCAACAGGGACUACUUCAUUCAGAACAUGGAGCAGGAGCUGGCAAACACCGAUGGGACGACCGCUGGAGGUGCAGUGGGGAAGGCUCAGAGCUCGAGCGACCUGCUUCUAAAACUGGCUCGCACCACCCCGUACUACAAGCGCAACCGACCCCACAUCUGUUCCUUCUGGGUCAAAGGCGAGUGCCGACGUGGGGAGGAGUGUCCGUACCGUCACGAGAAGCCUACCGAUCCCGAAGACCCACUUGCCGAUCAGAACAUCCGAGACCGAUAUUAUGGUGUGAAUGAUCCUGUGGCAGAAAAGCUGCUUAGGCGGGCAGCUGCCAUGCCACAGCUUGAGCCACCUGAUGAUAAGAGUAUCACCACUCUGUACGUGGGGAAUUUGGGUGAGAACACGACAGAAGAAAUGCUCAGGGACGAGUUCUAUCAGUACGGAGAGCUGCGGAUGGUGACGGUGGUGGCGAAACAGGGCUGCGGAUUUGUGACGUACACCUCCCGAGAGGCUGCCGAGCUGGCUGCCGAGAGCACUUUCAAUAAACUCAUCAUCCAGGGUCGUCGGCUGACCAUUAAAUGGGGAAAGUCCCAGGCAAAGGUUGGGACGUCGGACGAGACGGAAGAGGGACCAGCCCUCGAGCCAGUGCCAGGACUCCCUGGAGCCCUGCCGCCGCCUCCCCAGGCGGCCAACUUCUUCAACCUCCCUCCUCCGCCUCCCCCCGCUGCCAUCACGGGGUACCGUCUCCCGCCGCCGUUCAUGAUUCCGCCGCACGUGCGGCCGCCGUUGCGGCCUCCGCCGGGAUUUCGUCCUCCGGGGCUGCCUGCCCCGCCACCGCCGCCUCCUGUUGCUGCUGGCGCUUCCGGCGCGGUCCCGCCUCCGGCUCGGAUGGCGAUUCAUUAUCCAUCUCAAGAUCCUCAGAGGCUGGGUGCUCCUGAUUUUGGUAUUUGUCGGGAGUUCUCCGUUAGAUGUGCCGGAAAGACCGAGAGGAUGCUUGAAUCUCGAUUUUCCUGGUCCCUGAAGAGAGGUCUCCACCUAGCCCCUGCAUCUCUGGCCAAGGGGAAGCGGCCAGUGUUUCGAGCAGACUACAUGGGGAAGAAGCUGGGCAAGUUCCUCGGCAACUCCUCCAAGAAGAGGAAGGUCAGCUUCACCCCGACCUCUGGCUCGAUGGCCCCGACCUCGAUGAAAUCGUCUCUCUGGUCGGAGCCGAGCAGAGACGCACAGGGCAGCCGACGAGUCCAGAUCCUCAAUUCUCUCUUCCUAGAGCACAUCUCUGACGUUCUUGCGACUGGGGAGCUCUCCGCUGGCCUCAGGGGCACAGGCUUUGAAAUUACUCAGGUGAAGGUGUCGCCAACGUUCGACGGCGUGAACGUGUACUGGAUCGCCCCGUUGUCGGAGCGGGAACCGCUGAGCCGAACGCUGCAGGACUGCGGGUUCGCGCUGAGACGCCGCCUGAUGGAGUUCCACGUCCUGGGGCGCGUGCCCCCGAUCCACUUCAUCAGGGAUGCCGAUUACGAGCGCCAGGCCAAGCUGGAGGAGCUCUUCCGCAUAGCCGAUUACGGUCGGCCGGAGACCCACGGGUCGUCUCACGGGUCGUCUCACGAGUCGUCCCACGAGUCGUCCCACUUGUUCGAACAGGAUGAAGUCGCUCUGGAGGCGUUUGAUAUGCCGAAAAUGCGGAACGACUUGUUCGGAUUGGAUCAUGCUCAUAUCAUGGCUCAGGUCCGAUGUGGCAAAGAAAAGACAAGCCGAGCCCAGUCCCAGAGACAGGGGAGCCUCCCACCCGCAGAGGACGCAGAAACCAGCUCCUCCCAGCUGGGGAGACCAGCUCCCCCCGCCCUGAGACCCGAGACAGCCCACAGCACGAACCUCCAACGCAUGACCCAGUUCCUGGAAGCGCAGAAGCGACGGUGGCGGCCGCCGUCCAAGGACGAAGUGGCUCACGAGUCCGUCGUCGAGUUCCAUCGGGACAGGGCCGGCUUCGACCGGCAGCAGGACCUCGACGACGACGACGACGACGACGACGAGGAAGAACCUGAUUACCUCGAAGACUGAUCCUGAUGCCAGAUGUCACUCUCGACCUCGUGGAUCAUGUGGGUAGGUGAAUGCUCAACAGAUGUGUAGCUGGCAUUCCAAGGGAUGGAAUUGGAGUAUAUAUUAACUAGAUAGCGUGACAAAAUUUGUUCCUGGCAAAUUUGGUAGAUAUGGUCAUAUUGACCAAGUGGGCUCUUCCCUGAAAUAAGGUCUAAAAAAUGAUGGCAGGAAGGCAAUCUACAGCUGAAUAAAAAAAAAUUUUUUGUUCAUGCCCAAUCAAAA